AUGGAUAAAUACUAAAUAUCUAUCACAGGACGAUUUAUGUAUGAAAAACAUGAGCAAAAUUUCAGAUAGUCAAAAUUUAGUGGUAUUUAUUUAUUUCCAGGAUUAAUUAUUUUGAAGUUAGCAUUUUUUAGUAAUAUUAUAACAAUUUUAAGUGUUAUAAUAGCAGCUUAUUUUUAUUACAGAAACAAGCAUAAAUGGAUAUUUUUAAUCUAAAUUAUAUUAUAUUUGGCAUAAUAAGUUGAAAUAAAAAAGGAUUGCAUUUAUUCACAUAUUUUUACAUGCAUUACUAAUAUGAUUUUAGUGCCUUAUUGGCCAAUGUAAGUAAUAUUUUAAAUUGGAAUUAUAAGAUAAUUGAAUCAUAUAUAUUUAUUUUUUUUUUUUGCUGCACUUUUAAGAGCUAUUGAAAUUUUAAAGAGAUUUCUUUAUUUGAAAAUAUGCAAUAUCAACUCUCAUCAAUAUGAAUAAGAUAGUAUUUUUGUAAAUUUGCCUCAUCACAUCUUAUAUUUGGAUGAAAAUUUUAAUGAAUUAUUUUCAAAUAAGUCAAUGAAGUUUAAUAAAGAAUCGUAAAAUUUAAUAAGCGAUUAUAUAAAAAGAAAAUAUUAUGGGAUAGUUUAAUUGGAGAAUUAAAUAAAGGAAAUAAUAGAAUAUUAUAUAAAACCAUGGUAAGGAAACUUUAUUUUGGUUUAAUCGUAUUUCUCUAGCGAAGAUAAUAAUUUUUUUAAUAAAAUAUAUGAAUAAAUAAAUAAGUUAUAUGUACAAUUAAAUUAAGAUUAUACGAAAUGGAAUAACUUAAGAGCAUUUCAAAUGAUAAAAGAAUCUGAUUUAAGUGUUUUAGGAUAAUGUUUAUCAGAGUGUUUACACUUAGAACAUUAAGUAAGAUCUUUAGUGAAAAUUUAAUAAAAAGAGAUAUCAUAAUUUUAUUUAAAAGUUACAAUUUGCAAUAUAAUAGAAUCAAUGGUUCUAAGAUUAUAUGAUCAUUUUAAUAUUAUUAAUUUAAACUUUGAAAGUGGAAUACCUGAGAUAAUAGCAGGUGAUAAGAAACUUUUAAUAUUUUUAUUUUAGACUUUAUUAACUUCAACAUAAUUUUGUGAUAAAUAAAAAGGUUAAAUUUCUAUUAAAUGUAUCAUUUCAUAAAUAAAUUCAGAUAAAGCAGGAUAUGAUCUUGAAUUUACAUUUAAUUUUACAUGUACACCUUCUGUUAUAAAAUUAUAUUCUUAAGUUUUUGGAUUAAAUGAAACAAAAUUAACUCCUAAAGAAGAAUGGCUUAUUCAUUGUUUAAAAAUAUGUAAAUAAUUAAUGAAACAGAAUUAGAAUAAAUUCAAUUUUUAAACAGAUGGUGAUAAUGUUAUUAUUACAUUCACAUUUUUGAGUUUAAUAUCUAGCAAUAAAUUAGAAUAAAUAUCAUAAUUUACUGAUCUUACAUUUUCUAGAAGUAUGUUAGAUGAUUGUCAUUAUUAAUGGAAAGAAAAAGUACAAAUUUUACCAACCAAAUUUAUUUUGGAUACACAAUCUAGAAAAAGUUUAACAGUAAUUAAUGAAUAGCAAAUAGAAUCAUCCUAUUAAAAGGUUUCUAUAACUUUUCCUGAUAUUAGAGAUGAAUUGAUUAUAAUUUUAGAAACUGCAUUAGAAGAUGCAAAAGAUAAAGGACUUUUAGAUAAAGUUCAUUUUGAUGAUUAAGAUAAUAAUGUUAAAUGUGCCAUUAGUGUAAUUAUUUUAUAAUAUAUUAGGAAUAUGCAGAUAGCAUAGCAAAUUCACCUCCAGCUUUUAUUACACCAUAAGUCAAGGCAAGAAAAUUACAAGAUUUAGCAAAAGAGAAAUUUAAGAAUCUUUUGAAAGAAGCCAAAAAACCUAAAAAGAAGAAAAAACUUUCUAAAAAAGAUUACAGAGUAGUAUUCCCAAGAAGAAAUGAUACAACUUUUGAUCCUUAAAAUAGUUGUAGUAAAUUGAAUUUUCAUAACUCAAUCUUAAUAAAUAGAAGUAAUAGAGCUUAUAUCAAAUGGACUCAUAGAUGUAAUGUAAAUAUGCCUCCUAAAACAAUUCAUUAAAUAUUAUGUUACAUUCCAGAUAUUAAAUUAUCAAAAGAUAUUAUUAAAAAUUUUGGAAAUUCAACUUAUGAUAAAAUAGAGAUUAAAGAUCCAAUAAUAGUAUUAGAUAUUGCUGAUGUUAUAAGAAUUUAUAAAAAAUAUUUAUAAUAAGGUAAAUAAUUCUAUUACAUAAUGUUAUUUAUCAAGAAACCUUAAGAAAUUGCUGAUUUUGCAGACAUAGUUUAAAAAAAUGAAUAAGAUUUGCUUUAAUAAUAUCAAAAAUAUUAAUAAACUUAUUUAAUAGGAAUUACUGAAUAAACAUUGAAACCUUCUCUCUAUGCUUACUUAGAAUAUAUAAUUCCAUUUCGGCAAUGGAGUACUGAUAUUAAAUAAAUUAAAGCAUUGAUUGCCAAACAAAGAGAAAUUAAUUGA